AUGCACUAUGUUUUGAGGCCAAUAGCUUCAAGACUUCCCCUUGUCUCCCCUCUGAGGUCACUCACCAUCACCAAUUACUUCACAAAACGCACCAUGGCAUCUAACGCUAGGACAUACAACGACGCAAUCGAUGCGCUCAACUCCCUCCAGACCCCCUUCGCCGUCAUCGAAGCCCGGCGCAAAGCCGGCGUCCGUCCCGAUGCGCAUUCGGUAAAGGAAAUGCGGGCUUACCUCGCCCGCAUCGGCUACUCCUCCCAGGACCUCGAUCGCCUCAACAUCGUUCACGUAGCCGGCACCAAGGGCAAGGGAAGCACGUGCGCCUUUGUCGACUCCAUCCUCACGCGUCACCAGCGGACACACGGCAUUCCCAAGCGCAUCGGUCUCUUCACCUCUCCUCACCUGAUUGCCGUCCGGGAACGCAUUCGUAUCGACUCCAAGCCCAUCUCCGAGGAGCAGUUUGCCCGCUACUUCUUCGAGGUCUGGGAUCGUCUUGAGACAUCCGAGGUGGCCAAGGAUGAAGUGGCCCUGGGUAGCAAGCCCAUUUACGCUCGCUACCUGACUCUGAUGAGCUACCACGUCUAUCUGUCCGAGGGCGUCGAUGUAGCUAUUUACGAAACUGGCAUCGGUGGUGAAUACGAUGCCACCAACGUGGUGGACCGUCCCGUGGCUAGCGGUAUCAGCACCCUUGGAAUCGACCACGUCUUCGUCCUGGGUGAUACGGUCGACAAGAUCGCCUGGCACAAGGCGGGUAUCAUGAAGACGGGCAGCCCGGCGUUCACGAUUGAGCAGGUUCCCUCCGCAGCUCAGGUGCUCAAGGAUAGGGCGGUGGAAAAGGGAGUCGAUCUCAAGAUCCUUGACGUCGAUUCCAGACUCAACGGCGUCAAGAUCCGCCCCGAUGCGGUGUUCCAGAAGAAGAAUGCUACGCUGGCUAUCGCGCUCGCUGAGACCGCUCUCAAGCAGUUGGAUCCUUCCUUCAAGACUGGUACCGAUAACCUAUCACCCGAGUUCGUCGAGGGUCUCGAACAGGUCGUCUGGCGUGGCCGAUGCGAGGUCAAGGAGGAGGACCAAGCUGUUUGGCAUCUUGAUGGCGCACAUACCGUUGACAGCUUGAAGGUGGCAGGAAGAUGGUUUGUCGAGGAGUGUGUCAAGAAGGCCAAGGGCGGACCCAAGGUGCUCAUCUUCAACCAGCAAGGCCGGUCUGAAGCCGUGGAUUUCCUCGAUGGGCUUUGCAAUACGGUCAAGAGUGCUGAUCCGGAGGGAACUGGCUUCAGCCAUGUCAUUUUCUGCACCAACGUGACAUAUGCGAAAACUGGCUACAAGAAGGACUUUGUCAACCAUCAGUACAACCCCAAGGACAUCGAAAACAUGACACAACAACGAGUGUUCGCGGAGAGGUGGUCUACCCUAGACCCGUCUGCGAAUGUCAUGCUUAUCCCGACUAUCGAGGAGGCUAUCAACAAGGCCAGGAGCCUGAUGGAAGCGGAAGGCGACCAGAAAGUGCAGGCACUCAUCACCGGCAGCCUUCAUCUCGUAGGUGGCGCCCUCGGUAUUUUGGAAAAAGCAGAUGCUCUUUGA